GCUGACUUCCAAUGGUGGUCGAUGCAAAAAUCCAGCUGGAGACACUUCGUACUUUCCGAUAUGUGUGUAAGGCAAGAGGUGGUCACAGAAUGGUUCUAGCACGAUUGCAGCCUCCGCAAGAGAAGACGUGUAAUGUGGAUGUUCAGUACCCUUCACCACGCACGGCGGAGAGCCUACGCAGUUCUAGACGGACCUAAACGCUAUUUCCUCGCGACGUGCCGGCCAGGACAACGUCACCUCGGCUUCUUAUCUUGUCAUAUGGAACGAUUGCAUGACUUAAGUUGCGCUCACGCAUGCGCUUGGUGCCCACUGUUCGCCUCUCGGCGACGACCGAUGUUGUCGCGGGAUCCCAACGCUUGUAAUCACCCACCUUCACCAUAUGGCCUGCUUCUUACGGCUUGCUCAUGGAUCAUGAGAUCAUACUUUGUUGGUCGGUCCACAGCCGUCGACGAACCAGUCAGCUGGACGCGUUGUGACGUCUUCGCGGUCAGCCAGGACGUUGUACGUCCUCAGGGCCGACAACAACGACUAAUACGCGAGAGCUGCAGCCACACGGUCGCCGCAGAAUCUGGUACCGAGGACAGCGUUAUAUUGACUCCAGUGGGAUGUCAGCGUUGUGAUCAGCAUGCCACUGCGAAGACCUGAUAGAGCAGAAUGGACUUCCCACCAAUUCACUUGAGAGGGGAUGGCAGCUUUCAUGGGUCUUGGGCGGGAGGAUCGAAGACGGGGCCUCCGAUGAUCUAAUGAUUGACUGCUUAUCGAUGAUGAGGAGGCAAUGCAUUCUCUCCAGCUGAUCAUGAUAACGACAACACCAGGUAUCAAGAGUGGCGAAUUACUACGACGAUACUGGUCAGCAUACUCUUGAUUUCCUGCUAUUCUGCUCUGAUACCACCAGAGAGUUGCCGACGUCUUUGUCCCAAUGGCCUCCAGGGCUCCUCCACCUGCCUGACGGCGCACGAAGAAGGCAUCGGUCACGUGUUUAUCACGACUAAUGA